AUGUCUCUUCCAGAUAAGAUAAUCCGUACUCUCAAGCAGAUGGACAGGCCUUCAGACUUCCAGAUAUAUAGGGACAUUCUUGCAGAAAGGUCAAAGCUCCCACCCGUAGAAUGGCAUGAUCUCUGUAGGCUUGUCAAAACAAGCAAGAUAUAUAACAUCCUGAGACUAGAUCUAUCCAGAAAGGAGGCAGAAGUUCUUGGAAGUGCACUAAAAAAAGUCUCGUUGAACCACGUGAAUGAUAUGAUAGACAUCCUGGUCAAAAAGAGAGACGAAAACACGCCCGUGCUUUUAAGAUACCUACUUGAAAAGAAAAAAAAGAUAUCCACGGAUGCUGUUCAGAGGUACUUCUGUGAGGAGAUAAAUCGCCCAGUCACCCUGAAGCAUCUCAAGCUACUCCAUGUAAUGUGCAAGAACUAUCCUGCAUCCAUAAAUUCCACUAUCCUUAAUUUCUGCCGAUCCAACGGACAUCCUAUCUGCAAGGAUGUUUUAAAUUCAGCAAUGGACGUUAUUGAAUAG